GUAAGUGUGUCAGAACUACAAAUUCCGGUACGCUCCGCGCUGCAGCCGCGGAGAGGGUGCUGUCUGGUGAUUCGAAAUCUUUUGUCAGUGUCGUUAGGAAUGCCUCAUAAGCCUGACUCAGUAUUCACAGGAGAACAUGACAGCUCUUCCGCCGGGUGUGCACGAACUGACUUGGCUUCCGCGGCUUCCGCGGCUUCCUCGAGCUCGCUCGGUGUGGCGAAUCUGCCUUUGCGGCACGGUGGUUGGGCGCGCAAGGCCCGACGGGAAGCUUGUGGAAUCUGCUGUGAGAAGAAGAACGCCAGGUUUCCUGGGCCACAGUCAUGGCGGCGACCGCCCCCAGUGCUGGGGGCUCCGCACCUGAGGCGGCGGCUUCCGCCGAAGCUCCGCUGCAGUACAGCCUUCUUCUGCAGUACUUGGUGGGCGACAAGCGUCAGCCCCGGCUCCUGGAGCCUGGGAGCCUGGGCGGGAUCCCGAGUCCAGCCAAGAGUGAGGAGCAGAAGAUGAUCGAGAGGGCGAUGGAAAGCUGCGCCUUCAAAGCUGCGCUGGCCUGCGUGGGAGGAUUUGUCUUGGGAGGUGCAUUUGGGGUGUUCACUGCUGGCAUUGAUACCAAUGUGGGCUUUGACCCUAAGGAUCCUUACCGUACACCAACGGCCAGAGAAGUUCUUAAAGACAUGGGCCAGAGAGGAAUGUCCUAUGCCAAAAAUUUUGCCAUUGUGGGCGCCAUGUUUUCUUGCACUGAAUGUUUAGUGGAAUCUUAUCGGGGAAAAUCAGAUUGGAAGAACAGUGUCAUUAGUGGCUGCAUCACUGGAGGAGCCAUUGGUUUCAGAGCUGGCUUGAAGGCUGGGGUCAUCGGCUGUGGAGGUUUUGCUGCUUUCUCUGCUGCGAUUGACUAUUACCUACGGUGAGAACACUGGUGUCCGGCAAGGACAAUGGCAGCCCAGGAUCAAGGCUGCUCUGUGUAGGGCGGUUUCUGCGCCACUCCAGGGCACUUGCUUCAGAGACUGAAGACAUUUGUUUUCUCUCACAUAGUUGGUGUCGUGAGGGAGCCGCCUGGCUGCAAUCAGCCACCUCUGAGCAGCCGUGCUCUCUGCACCUGGACUCGAGCCAGGCUGUGCGGGGUGGAGUGCCAUGCCAGACUCUCUGUUUUGGGCAGUCAAAGAGUCAGUGUGUUGACCUGUAGGAACUGAGUUCCACAAAGGUUCAGUCCACAGGCUCUGGUGCUGUGGGGAUGGAGGGGACUUUACACACACCUGGAAGCUCUUCUACCUUGUACGUCAACGCGGUCAUCCAUCUCAUACCUCAGGGCAGGGCAGAGUGGAAUCAUGCUGUCUGACCAGUUCUGUCGUUUUGUUUAGUGUUCUGCUCAUUUUGUUUAAUGUUCUGCUAUCCUUGUUUUAUAUAUAUAUACACACACACAUAUAUAUGUAUGUGUGUAUGUGUGUAUGUAUGUAUGUAUGUAUGUAUGUAUGUAUAUUUAUAUUACAGUUUAAAAGUUUGGCUUAUUUUUAUUUUCAAAUUCCACAACUCCCCAAAAUAGUACCAGGUGGCCCAAAGAUUGAACAUCCAAAGGGAAAGCAUGAGCCAGCUCCUGAGAAGUCUGGGAAUGCUCAACUCCCAGGGUCUGCAGAGCAGUGUUAUCCUCACUGAGAUUGCUGCAGUGGCCCAGAAACCUGGCCUAACCGUGUCCUAGGAUGCAGUGACAUUCCACGCGUAACCCUGCUGGCCUCUUCUGAGAAACCGUCGGGCUGGCUGGUGGGAAUGCCUGCGGUCUGAACCAUACGUGGGUGUUCUGCUGUGACUGUUGGCCCAGGCCCGCCUCAAGGACACAGAGUGUGAGGGUUGUGUUGCUGUGGUCCUCCUGACGACCAGGUCCCAGCAGCCACUGGUUACAACCAGACCGUGUUCAGGAGCUGCUCACCACCACCCUGUUCUUCUGAUGUCAGGGGUUUGUUCCUUAAACAUUAGUGUUUUUGACUUGACCUGGUAGCCUUUCUCUGACAGUAGCAGCUCAGCCUAAUUGUGUGCUAUACACAUAAAAACCCUUUUACAAUCGGGAUCUGCUGCAGAUGCUGUGUUACUCUGGUGCCUUGGUGGUGGGAUGAAGAUGAACUUAGGACAAGCAGGUAGCAUGGUGGGGGCCUGUAAUUCCAGCCACCGGUAGUGUCUCCUUUAUUCCACUAGAGUCAUUCCUUUGCCUUUUUUGGCUGUCUCCCCCACUGUGGGCCGUCUUCUAAAGCUUGCUCACCCUUAACCAGAAUUCAGACUCAGCUGAACCAUCCAGACAUCGUGUGUGUGUGUGUGUGUGUGUGUGUGUGUGUGUGUGUGUGUGUACAUGAGUGAUGAUGUCAAGUCCAGCUGGUGUGUGUGUGUGUAUACAUGAGUGACGAUGUCAAGCCCAGUUGGUAACACCUUCCUCUGGCCUUGUCUGCUGUUGCCUUUGGAAUGACCAUGGGCUAGUGCACAAGGCUAAUGCUCAUCUCGGGGGGGAGUUCUAUAGAAUGCCUGUCCCAGUCUCGGUCAAGAGGCGUCACUGCUGGUAGGCUGCCUGGAGAAUCCUCACAGGUCUGAGAACAGAUGUUGGAGUGGGUCCUCCACUGUCGCUCAGCAAGUCACCUGUAAGCAGUUAGAGCAAGCGCAGACACUCUUACCUGCCACCUGUCAACAGUGCCAGAAACCUGGCAUCUACCAUCCAGUCUAGCGUCUACCAUCCAGUCUAGCGCAUGGGGUCAAACGACCAAGUACAAGCACUGCACCCCUCAUGACUGCCUUGGGAAUGACGAGUCCUGGGCUGUCAGUAGCCAUCAGUUCAAUAAGCCAAGCAUUGUCCACACUGACUAUUCAGUCAGGAGAGGAGAUGAAUAGUUUCCUGUUUUAGAUGGCUAAGGAGGCAGUAUGAGCUCAUAAACCAAACACCAAUUUUCAGAGACAUCUGUUCCCGAUCUCCAGAAUAAACACAGUGUCCAAUGGCUGGGGCUGGUGGGAGCCGACAUUAACCCCGCUAGCUCUCCUGAGGGAGGCUGGGCCCUCUAGGGGAUCCAGCAUCUUCAACACAGAGAUUAGGCCAGCAGGCUGCCCCAAAGACCUGCAACUUCCAAGGAAAUUGUAGAGAGAUGUUUGCAUAAAAUAAACCUCCACUUAAAUAGA